AUGGGCAGGGAGUCAGCUGCUGGGGAGUCAGGUACCGGAACAGCGGCAGCAGUUGGGGAGGGUGAGAGGAGCAUCAGCAACAGCAGUGGCAGUGGCAGCGGCAGGGUGCCGCGGACAGUGUCAGCAAGUGGGGAGGUGAGCAGGAGUGCGGGGGCGGGCAGUGCAGGCGCAGCAGGCACUCCCAAGAGCAGCGCCAGCAGCGGCUGGGGGCUCAUGGGCUGGGGCCGAGGAGGGGGAGGGGCGGGAGGGUCGGGAGGGGCGGGAGAGAGCUCUACACCAGCAGGAGAAGCAGGGGGAACAGGGGGAGCAGGAGGGGCAGUGGGAGCAGGGGGGGCACAGGCAGCAGGAGCGACAGUGGGAGUUGUGGGGGUGUAUGAGCGGAGGGAGGAGCGAAUCGCAGCGACUCCUGUGGCUGUGGUGUCUGGUGCUGAUGGGGUGGUGCGCCUGGGGAAUGGGCUGGAGGGCAAGAAAUGGGUGGAUAUGAGGGGGUAUGGGGGAGGGGACUCUAGGGCGAAAGAAGAUCGCGGCGGCGGCGAUUCUGUAGCGCAGACAAGCUCCGUGAGAUCGAGUGCUGUUCCUGGUGUCGCCCAGUCGCAGCUUGGUGUUCCACUGGGUUAUGCGACAGCUGGCGAUGCGGCGCGUGCCGAACCAGGCGAAUUGCUGUCGCAAGGCGACCAGGCGCAGCGCGAGCAGCCGUCGUUAGUCGUCGCAGACUCGUCGCGGGCAGAGGCAGAGUCGCAAAGAGAGCAUUUAGCGAACGUCACGACGAGCACUUCGGAGGAGGGGCAUCACGCGGAGAACGCGGCAUUGAUCAAGGCGGAAGAGAUGGUGGUCGUGGCGGAAGCAGUUGGGGAGUGGGGCGCGCAGAGUGCCCUUGGCGGAGGCGCGCACGGCGGAGAAGGCAAGGCGCACGAGACGGACGCGCGGACGCCGCCGCAAAAUGCGGCACGGGGAGCGGAGGAUGCAGCGAGGCUGGCUUGCGAAGCAGACGGGGAAGCUACGGCAGAAGAGAGAGGGGACGGCGGAAGAGUGGAGGGCGAAAAGUCGUCAGGGGAAGAGAGCGUGGGGGAGGGGGAGAAAGCAGAGCCGCAGGGAGGAGCGGGCGAAAGCGGGGAGACGGACGGUGUGAGAGGAGAGGAAGAGGCGGAAGCAGGCUUGGGCGUGGGCGUGGGCGUGGGCGUGGGAGUGGUAGUAGGUGUGGAAGAGCGCGUGGUGGAGUGGAAUGGCGAGCGGCAGGGCAAGAAGGUGCAGUGGCCCGACGACCGUGGGCUCACGCUGGCUGACGUGCGCGAGUUCGAACCCAGUGAGUCAAGCUGUGAGGAUGAGGCAAGUGACGACAGAGGUCCAAGCCACGGCUGCAGCUGUGCCAUCCUCUAG